AAACAUUUUUUUUCUCUAUAUAAAAUUUAAGGUAUGCCAUCUAAUUGCAUCAUUUUCUUGCUCACAGUAUGCAGCGUGAAUUGCUGAUUUUUUUGCUUCAAGCCAUAAUAUUUUAUAACCAUCAUGGAUUUGCAAUUUCCAAAGCGCUGAUUGGAUCCAAUAUUCGUGCGGCGUACGAUAACGAAUUCCCUUCCGUCGUAUGUAUUGUCAGGAACGAAGUAAGCCCAGAACGUUACGCAGAGUAUCUCACAUGCACCGGCACACUAAUAUCGAGACAGCACGUUAUAACGGCUGCACACUGUAUGGAUGUUUUUUCCCAAUCGGUUUCGUUGGUUGUUUAUGGUUCGGUUGAUGUGAGACAUGGCAGACGAUUGCCCGUGGCCUGGUGGAUAUCCUACAUGCAAUGGUCGACGUCAAUUGGCCUGGAUAUUCCACCCUCUGCCUACAUAUACAGCGAUAUAUCUGUGAUAAAGCUAACUUCAGAGGUGGAUAGACGUAUAAAUCCAUCGAAUCUUUCUCCCAUGGCACAAAAUCGAUUGAUGGGCCAUACGUUUGUGAUGGCAGGAUGCGGCGAAGCGAAUCAUGGAAUGUUCCCGACGAAUAUAGAGAGAGCGGAAGUAACAAGUAUUUCCAAUCGCGAAUGUGAGCAACGAGCUACUGAAAUUCAAGGAUGGUUCGUUGCUAUAAGCGAUUCGAAUUUCUGCUCCGUCGCAGAUCCUUUUGUCUUAACGAGUCCCGGUGACAGUGGUGGUCCACUUUUACAUAGAAAUUUUAUUGUUGCUGUUAAUAUUGGACCUUAUCCCGAUCUGCAUAGCAAUUAUCAUGCACGUCAAGCAAACUAUCACGUUGGAAUCGAUCACUAUAGACACUAUAUUAGUGUUAUGUUACAAGAAUAAUAUAAAAUAUCUUACA